CUCGCCGGCGGCCACAGCGCAGACUCGACUUCACUCGCUCGCAGUUCGCUCCGCGCCCUCUGCAACCAUGUCUGACAAACCCGAUAUGGCUGAGAUUGAGAAGUUCGAUAAGUCGAAAUUGAAGAAAACGGAAACGCAAGAGAAAAAUCCACUGCCUUCGAAAGAAACGAUUGAACAGGAGAAGCAAGCAGGCGAGUCGUAAUGAAGCGUGUGCCGCCAGUAUGCACUGUACAUUCCACAAGUAUUGCCUUCUUAUUUUACUUCUUUUAGCUGUUUAACUUUGUAAGAUGCAAAGAGGUUGGAUCGAGUUUAAAUGACUGUGCUACCCCUUUUCACAUCAAAGAAUAGAGAGCUACUGACAACGUAGGCCGCGCCUGCCUCUCCCAUCUGCCUGUGUGGCUGGCAGGGAAGGAAAAGAACUUGCAUGUUGGUGAAGGAGGAAGCUGGGUGGGACGACAGUGAAAUCUAGAGUAAAAAGUUGGUCCAAGGUGUUCUGCGGGCUGUAAAAUGCAGUUUAAUCAGAGUGCCAUUUUUUUUGUUGUUCAAAUGAGUUUAAUUAUUGGAAUGCACAAUUUUUUUAAUAUGCAAAUAAAAAGUUUUAAAACCUGAAAAAAAAAAA